AUGGACCAAGGACAAGGAGGCCAAGGCGAGCUCAACUGGCGCCUCAGCGCGCACCCGAUCACGCUACUUGUCUUCUUAAGUAUUCGGAUCGGUGCGCUACUGAUGUACCUAUUUGGUGUACUCUUCAUCAACAACUUUAUCCUCGUCUUCAUUUUCACCCUCCUCCUCCUCUCCGCGGAUUUCUAUUACCUCAAAAACAUUGCGGGACGCCGGCUGGUCGGCCUACGUUGGUGGAACGAGGUCGACACCUCAACCGGCGACUCACAGUGGGUCUUCGAAUCAGCCGACCCUAACGUUCGCACUAUAACCGCCACCGACAAGCGGUUCUUCUGGCUGAGCUUGUAUGUAACACCAGCUCUGUGGGUAGCCCUUGCCAUAUUGGCUAUUGUGAGACUUGUCGGUGUCAUUUGGCUCAGUUUGAUUGUUAUUGCACUCAUCUUGACUAUCACGAAUACCAUGGCCUUCUCUCGCUGUGAUAAGUUUGGUCAGGCCUCGACAUAUGCCAACUCGGCUCUGGGUGGUGGUAUUGUGAACAACAUCGCUGGUGGCCUGCUGGGCAGGCUAUUCCGGUAA